GGGGCAGGCCUGAGCUCUGUGGGCCGGAACUCGCGAGUCGGGGCUCCCCAGCCACACCCCUCGCAGGAUUUAAAGGGGAAGGAGGUGCCGGCCGGCCGAAGCCCGAAUCCAGGGAGCGGGCAUGAGGCGCUGCCCGUGUAGGGGAAGCCUGAACGAGGCGGAGGCCGGGGCGCUGCCCGCGGCGACCCGCAUGGGGCUGGAGGCGCCGCGAGGGGGGCGGCGGCGGCAGCCAGGACAGCAGCGACCAGGGCCUGGCGCUGGGGGCCCGGCGGCGGGGCCUGAGGGGGGCGGGCCCGGGACGUGGACUGAGGGGUCCAGCCUGCACACCGAGCCCGACAGGAUGGGCCUUGGAUCUGAACUAGGGACAGAUGGCCCGCAGACAAAAUCUUGGACAGAAGGACAGGCUGAGCCUGAAGCAGCUGGCCUGGGAUCAGAGACCGAGAGGCCCAGCCAAAACACGGAGCCGGACCGGACACAUCCUGAAAGGAGCAACCAUUGGUUAGGGUUGGAGACGGCCGGUCCCUGGAGAGAGACUGGGACAGAUGACUUUUGGACUGAUCCUCACAGAUCCGACCUCCAGUCUCAGCCAGAGAGGGCCAGCCUCUGGACACAGCCAGAGACUGAUGAACCCUGGACAGAACUAGACAUACUUGGGUGGCAGACCCAGCCAGAGAGGGUCAAGCCCUGGGCUGAUAACCUCUGGACCCAUAAGAGUAGAUCCAACCUCCGGACUGACCCAGAGGGAGCCUGUCCCUCAACAGAACUAAGUGCUGAUGGCUCUCGUAAGGAACUGUACACUGAUGUCUCCAGGGCACCACAGGAUACUGAAGACUCCUGGACAGAACCACACGCUGAUGGCUCUCGGAUACAACAGAAUACUGAAACAACCUGGACACAGCCUUGCACUGAUGGUCUCCAAACAGUACCUGAGGCAGACUGUCUUUUGGGGGAGUCCAACCAAGAUGGCUCAUUAGAGGAACCAGAACGUGGGGAGUUGGUGACUCACCUGUACCCUCACCUGGAGUGUAGCCCUCUGUGCCCUGUACCCCGCCUCAUCAUCACCCCCGAAACCCCUGAACCAGAGGCUCAGCCAAUGGGACCUCCCUCCCGAAUUGAGGGGGGCAGUGGUGGCUUCUCCUCUGCCUCUUCUUUCGACGAGUCUGAGGAUGACUUGGUGGCCGGGGGCGGAGGUACCAGCGAUCCUGAAGAUAGGUCUGGGAGCAAGCCAUGGAAGAAGCUGAAGACGGUUCUGAAGUACUCGCCCUUUGUGGUCUCCUUCCGUAAACACUACCCCUGGGUCCAGCUUUCCGGACAUGCUGGGAAUUUCCAGGCAGGAGAGGAUGGUCGGAUUCUGAAACGUUUCUGUCAAUGUGAGCAGCAGAGCCUGGAACAGCUGAUGGGAGACCCCCUGAGGCCUUUUGUCCCAGCUUACUAUGGCAUGGUGCAACGGGAUGGCCAGGCCUUCAACCAGAUGGAAGAUCUGCUGGCAGACUUUGAGGGUCCCUCCAUCAUGGACUGCAAAAUGGGCAGCAGGACCUACCUGGAAGAGGAGUUGGUGAAGGCGCGAGAACGGCCCCGGCCCCGGAAGGACAUGUAUGAGAAGAUGGUGGCUGUGGACCCCGCGGCCCCCACUCCUGAGGAGCAUGCCCAGGGUGCGGUCACCAAGCCCCGCUACAUGCAGUGGAGGGAAACCAUGAGCUCAACUUCCACCCUGGGCUUCCGGAUCGAAGGCAUCAAGAAAGCUGAUGGCACCUGCAACACCAAUUUUAAGAAGACGCAGGCACUGGAGCAGGUGACAAAGGUGCUGGAGGACUUUGUGGACAGGGACCAUGGAAUCCUGAGAAAAUAUGUGACACGCCUAGAAGAACUUCGAGAAGCUCUGGAGAACUCUCCCUUCUUCAAGACGCACGAGGUGGUGGGCAGCUCUCUCCUCUUUGUGCAUGACCACACCGGCCUGGCCAAGGUCUGGAUGAUAGACUUUGGCAAGACAAUGGCCCUGCCUAACCACCAGACGCUCAGCCAUAGGCUGCCCUGGACCGAGGGCAACCGUGAGGAUGGCUACCUCUGGGGCCUGGACAACCUGAUCCAUCUCCUUCAGGGUCUCACCCAGAGUUGACCCACUCAGCAACUACCAGGUUUAUUGGAUGGUGCCGGUCUGGCCGGAGGAGCCCCGAGAUGCUGAGGGGUCCUGUGGUUGGCAAUGGGAGAGGUGGUAUUGUAGCACAAGCCCAGUGUAGAAGGUCUGAAGGACCCUGGGAGACCAGGCAGUACCUGGCUUCCUUGCCAUGUAAGGAAUGUGACCACUCAGGGUCAUAGUGAGUCAACAGAACAAGAACUGGGUCCCCUGACUAGCCAAGAUGUCUUCCCAGGGGCUGCCAGAGGCCACAGCUAAACCACACUGCCCAAGAUCACAAGUCCGUCAUCAAAGCGUACAGGCAAGACAGUGCACAUGGCCACGUGAAUGACCUGUAACUGCCUCCUUGUCAACCUCCUCAUGCUCCUAGCUGGCUGAGCCUUGUGCCUGCUCAGGUUCAUGUCUGGUGCCCCUGAGAGUCAGGAAUCACUUGUGAAGUACAGGAUUUGCCUGUUCAUCUGAGGGAGUGAUGGCCCAGUAUCCAGCUGGAAGUCAUCCAAAUGCUGAGUGACAGAGGACGAGGGUGUGACACCGUGGGACACCUGCUAAUGCUGCCCAAGGACUGAUAAUGCUGGGUGGGGCACAGCUUACCUAUCCUGCCCUGCCUUGGCUCUGCUGGAUCCUAUUCCUCAAAGGCCUCUGCUCACUUGCAGACCCAAACCACAGCCACAUCCAGCCGUGUGGCAGCACUGUGAUCUCCACGACCUUGUUCCUUGAUGCACCAGCUGCAGCUUCAGGACUUCCUCCUCCUGCCCUGCCCCUGGGCCUGUCUGUCUCCUUCCUGUAGCAGACUGCAGCAGCAGGGACGAGUUUCCCAAGCAGGGGAAGCAAGUUUCCUCCCUGGGAAUCAGGGCUGCCUUGCUCCAGAGGGACCCCACCCAAUCCCAGCCCUCCACUCAGUGAAGCGCCAGGAUGGCCCAGAAGUACAAGUGCGUACAGCUUCUGACACGACCUUGGGUUUGCAUUUAGCCCAAACCAGACUCCAGAACCCUGGGGUGCUGCAGACAGCCCAAGUCCCAGUGUGCCAGCACCCGUGACUUUGGUUUCCUGGCCCCGGAGGAUGGGCCUGGGGAAGACAGGUACCUAACUCUUCCCUAAACUGAAGCCCUAAUGUCUUCCAGGGCUGAGGCAUGUCCUCCUUUUCUACUGACCAUCUUUAUACUUAUUUAUACAUGAGGUAGUUGUUAGAUGGGGUGGUUAUUAAGAGGCAAAAUGGCUUCACUGUGCCUCCCACCCAUGACAACACCCCAAUAAACAGGACAAAGUAAAUGCUAUAUUCUUUUUCAUAUCUGGGAGUAUGGGCUCAACUCCACACGUUCUGGGCAUACUGCUGGGAGGGGUAAUGACCACUUUGGAACAGGCAGGCUCAGGGUCAGCCAGCUGGUUCACCCGCUGAGUGCUCUUGUUGUGCCUGGCUCUGCUGGACAAUGCAGGGGACACAGUGGUGAUGAAGACAGCUCCCAGCCCUGCUCUCAGGGCUCCCAUGACAGGGCACUAGAGGGACAGUGCCAGCCAAAAUAGCUGGGAUGGGAAUGAACCUCUUCCUCAUCCCAUUCACUGGUUAGAAAUGCUACACUGUUGUUUCCCUAAGGGACUUUGUGUGAGGUGCUGCAAGGACACUGCAGCGACAAAUACCUGUUCCUUCCCUUUCACAGUGGAGGUGAUAGGUUCUCAUUAAUCUAGGAAUCCUAGCACUAGCAGCGUGCAUGGUGGUGCACCCCUGUUACACAGUGAUUCAGGAGGUGAAGCAGAAUUGUGUCUAGCAACUAAGCAAGACCAUCUCAAAAUGAAAAAAAGGGUUGGGGAUGUAGCUCCAUAGAAAAGUGCCCUAUUACCCUCCCCCCACAAAAAAAGAAUCACAAUACUCAAUCACUCAUAUAUGUUUGUACAGACAGAUGGAAAGAAUAGUUUGUGGUCAGCACCAUCAUGAGGUUCAGGGAGCUGUGAGGCGGCCUCGCUGGUGACUAGACACUAUCUGUUUUGAAUCUUGAUUCUGCCACUUGCCAGCCAUGUGAUUUGGGGCCUCCACUUCUUUGGCCCUCAGUCUGUCAAACUGGGGAGGGAUGGUUUGCUAUGGUUUGAAAAUAUCCCUCCAAAGUUCAUGUGUGAGAAACCUCACCCCAAUUCCUGUUAAUGCUAUCUGCAGGUGGGUCCUUCAAGAGGCAACCAGAAUUAGAUGAGGUCAUGAGGGUGGGUCCCUGUGACAGCAGAAGUAGCUUUAUAAGAGGAAGAGAGACCUGAGCUGGCAUUUUGCUGUCUUGCAGUUAUGAUGCCCUCCACCUUGUUAAGAAAGAGCAAGGAGCCCGGCGAGGUGUACAUGCCUGUAAUCCCAGACUUGGAAGGUGUAGGUAAGAGGCUAAGUUCAAGGCCAGCCUCAGUGACUUAGCCAGACCUUGUCUCAAAACAAAAACAAAAAGAGCUGGUGGAGGCAGCUCAUGGGUACAGCACUUGCCUUGCACGUGUG